AUGGAAAGAAGAAGAGCUGCAACCACAGCAGAAGGCUCAGCUUUUGCUUCUCCAUCUCCCUGAACCUUACGGGUCAGCGGCGAGCGGCCGCUGACCGACUCCGACACCAGGAGGAGGAGUCGUUUCAACGUCACGUUCCCCGUCCCUCAGAACUGCGACGCCUUCAGGAUACAGGGCAAGUUCCAGGAUGGAGUCCUCAUCGUCACCAUUCCCCGACUCCCAGAAACCCCCGCCACCACCGUCGCCGCCGCCUCUCCUCCGUCGCUGUCGCCGCCUCUCCCAGGAAUAUGCACUGUAACAUUGUUUCUUCCUUUUGUAUCACUUGCUCGGAGACGCCGCCGAUCCAUCGCUCCAUCUCCUUCUCCGAGCUCUUUGGACACGCCUCCUUCCCAACCCGUCAGUUCGUCACUCCGCUUUGCUUUCCCGUACAGCAAAUCCAUGUCUUCCUUCUGCUUCUACGAGCAAAGCUGUAGCAAUGAAGAUUCUGAUGACAUGGUGUCGUCAAGUUCGUACUCUAGCCCUAUCCAUGGGGAGGAACAACGGAAACUGACGGUGAUGAUGAUGAUGGACCAGCAGGAGGAUGGGGUAAGAGUUGGUGGGACCGCCGAAUUUCAGGAUGGAAGACGAGAGAAGCUCAACGGCUGCCGGGGAGGAGCGAAAGAAUAAGGAGAUGAGAAGGAAGGAAAAGUAUCACCACCCUCGACGAGAAUCAUCUUACCAUCUCCAACAGUUCAGGGAAGACAGAAUUCCUAGGGAAGAGACCCAUGUCAUGUUCAGGAUUGGAGAUCAUGAGUUAGAAAGCAAUAAUUAUGGUGGGGAUCAGCUGGAUGAGCUGUCAGACGAUGGGUCACAGCCUCACAGGCAGUGGAGAAGAAGAGGAGGCUGAACAUGGAACAAGUGAAGACAUUGAAGAAGAACUUUGAGUUGGGGAAAAUGCAGUUAGCUAGAGCUCUUGAGCUGCAGCCUAGGCAUAUUGGUAUUUGGUUCCAGAACAGGAGAGUCAGGUGGAAGACCAAGUCGCUUAGAAAGAUUAUGUUAUCCUUAAGAGACAGUUUCAGGUUGUCAAAGCUGAUAAUGAUGCCCUUCAAGCCCACAAAUAGAAGCUUCAUGAUGAGCAUGGUUUUUGGUGGGGGAGGCCAGAUAUUGGCACUGAAAAGCAGAGGACCAAACCAUAAGCAAUAAACCUGAACAAAGAGAUACAUUUUAGACAACAUCCGGGCUUACAGGCGUUCAGCUCAUCAUAUGAUGCCUUCACAUCUGACAUCAAAUGGUAGAAGGAGCUGCAACGGCAGUAAGGGGUGCAGAUGCCUUCAUAUCAGACGUUGAUGAGAUUAUGCUAGCCAAUGAAGUUAGUUAUCGGUAGGAAGGUCAAUAUUGCAGAUGGAAGGACAAACAAAAAAAAGUACAAGUGAAAAGUUCAAUGUUGAACUUGAGAUUUAAAACUGAGUUUAUGUUGCUGUAAAUUUGGGGACAAAAACGAGGACGUGGAAAUAAGAGAUGCACGUGCAUAACUGAACAUAGGUUUGUAAGAUUUCAGUAAGAAACUCUUAUACGUAGGUCGCAGCCUUCAGUAGGAAACUAUAUGUAGCUUUCAGUUUGUAUCUCCAGUCUCCUGAUUAGAACUAUGUCAAUAAGAUUCGAAAAUAAACUUUUAGAGUAUGAUUAUUAUUAGUCUAUUAAUCCAAG